CCUUCCACCAUAUUGAGCAUUUCCCACUGCCUAGUCGACCAAAGUGUCAGUAAAAUCCUCUGGCAUAGCCUUCCGUUCAAUAAUAAUACCGAGUUAUGUCGCGCGGCAGGGACCCUUUGGCACUGAGCCAGGUAAUUGGUGAUGUGUUGGAUCCUUUCAUAAAGUCAGCUGCCAUGAUAAUUAAUUAUGGUGAGAAGGAGAUUACAAAUGGCACUGGGGUACGAUCAUCUGCCGUGCUCAAUGCACCACAGGUGCAGAUUGAAGGUCGUGACCGGACGAAGCUCUACACACUUGUUAUGGUGGAUCCUGACGCGCCAAGUCCAAGCAAACCGGAAUACAGGGAAUAUUUGCAUUGGUUGGUGACAGACAUCCCAGAGGCAACAGAUGCACGUUUUGGCAAUGAAAUAGUUCCCUAUGAAGCUCCACGGCCACCAGCCGGUAUUCAUCGGCUUGUUUUUGUGCUAUUCAAACAGGAAGCACGGCAGACAGUUUAUGCACCAGGAUGGCGGCAAAAUUUUAACAUCAGAGACUUCUCAGCAUUUUACAAUCUUGGACCACCGGUUGCUGCAUUAUUCUUCAACUGCCAAAAGGAGAGUGGUGUUGGUGGCAGAAGGUUCCAAGGACCAGGCUGAGGGAUGGAUGCAGGAGGGCUCUAGAACAAGGUAGCACCAUUUUCAGAAACUAUAUAGUCCACCAAAGGAGGGCGGGCCUGGCGCAGAGUCUCUCCACUUGUGGCCUGGAGAUCCUGGGUUUGAAACAGCCUCCUUGCAGAAUUAUUAUACAAGAGUAAGGUUGUCUAGAAAUUUCCUUCCCCAGACCCGACUUUGUGUGGGAGCUUUCAGCACUGGGUACACCAUUUUUAUAUAGUCCACCAAAGCUUUUGAGUUUUGACAGCCCACAUAACACCACUUAACAAUCCAGUAGUCCAGCAAUUUUAUAUGAAAUGAAGUAUCAUUGGGGUUCUCAUACAUCACAUCUCUAAAUAUAUUAAUAAAAUUAAUAUUAUGUUU